AUGGAUUCACAGAACAAAACCCAAGGGACAGAAUUCAUCCUCCUUGGUUUCUCCAGACUUCUGAGCCACCAGGUCCACCUUUUCUUGGUGUUCCUGGCUGCCUAUUUGGCCACGCUGAUGGGCAAUCUCAUGAUCAUAACCCUGGUUCUCCUGGAUUCCCAUCUUCACACCCCCAUGUACUUCUUUGUCAGCCAGCUCUCCUGCUUGGAUGUUUGCCUUUCUUCUGUGGUGGUACCAAAGAUCUUGGUGAACUUCCUACGCCAAGAACAGACCAUCUCCUACAACCAGUGUCUGGCACAAGCCUUCUUCCUGAUUGGCUUUGCGGGAUGUGAGCCAGCAUUGCUGGCCAUCAUGGCCUUUGACCGCUAUGCUGCCAUUUGUCAGCCUUUGCAUUAUACCCACCUGAUGAGGACAAAAUUGUGCAUCCAGCUGUCUGUGGCCAUUUGGCUCUGGGGCUUCCUGGACUCCACCAUCCAUGUUGCCCUGGCCUGUAGGUUGGACUUUUGUGGAAACAACAAUGUUCCUCACAUCUUUUGUGAUGUUCCUCCAUUACUGAAAAUCACCUGCAGUGAUUCCUGGGUCAAUGAAUUGACCAAUCACGUCACCAGCAUCUUUGUGGGCCUUGGCCCCUUCCUCUUCAUCAUCCUGUCCUAUUUCUACAUUUUGGUCUCUAUUUUGAAGAUUCCCUCCAACACUGGCAGGCGCAAAGCCUUCUCCACUUGUGCAUCACACAUUGCCGUGGUAACUCUCUGCGUUGGAAAUGGAUACUUGAACUACAACCAGCCCAGUGCUGGCUACUCCAUUGAGACUGAUACUCUAAUCUCCACAUCGUUUUGCAUCGUCACCCCCAUGCUGAACCCUUUGAUCUACAGCUUUCGCAACAAGGAGGUGAAGGGGGCUCUGAGGAAGAUUCUCCGCUGCCAGAAGACAGCAUUGUAUUAA